AUGCGUGAACCAUUCGAAGCCGGCUAUCUUCUCAUCAACUUGGGCCCGCAGCACGCGUUCGACCUCACGCAGUUCCUGAUCGAACACUUUUUGAAAGAAGAAACUCUGAAUCGGGCGUCGAGCAUGUCGUUGGAGAGCUUCAAACCGUUUGUCGAAAAAUUGCUAGAACGCACACUGCACGUUCCGUUUUCGUAUGCGGUUCUGGAGAAAAGUGAGUGCUCUUAAGAGCAACCUAAAAUGUUUCCCAUCCACUGUCAGAAUCGCUCAAAAUGGUCGCCUGCGCCAUGUCGUCACUGUGGAAGAACGAGAGCUCGGCGGCGGAGCACACUGCCGGCGACGAGUUCACUUUUGGCGCUGAAAAAGACUUGGCAAUCGAGGCGGUCGGCAAGAUUCUGACCGAGUUGCACGCAAAGUUUUUCGAGUUGAAACCCGAUCUGGAGCACGUUCUGCAUUUGUGA